AUGGCGCUCUCACCGUUUGGCUCACGCUCUCCUUCGGUGACUGUGGCAUCCCCCAACACUCUCCGGUUAAGAGCCGCCGCAGCCAAGAGUGCAUCCGGUCCCGCCGCUCCCGCCAAGACGAACCCUUACCCAGACCGAGAGCUUACGGAACAGCUGAAUGAUGAUGUGCGACAGAAAUAUGUCAAGGGGAAAAAAUUAGGCGAAGGUACAUAUGCCAUAGUCUACUUGGGCCACUUCCGAGAUGAUCCAUCCUCCUGUGUCGCAAUCAAGAAGAUUAAGGUCAACGCGGAGUACAAAGAUGGGCUGACUAUGGACGCCAUCCGAGAAGUCAAGUACCUCCAAGAAUUGUCUCACCAGAAUGUAAUUGCACUUCAUGAUGUCUUUUCCUCCAAGGACCAGAACCUCAACCUGGUUCUCGAGUUUCUCCCGGGGGGCGACCUAGAGAUGUUGAUCAAGGACGGGGACAUGCACUAUGGUGUUGCUGACAUCAAGGCCUGGAUGGGGAUGCUUGCCCGCGGCGUGUGGUUUUGCCACGAGAACUUUGUCCUCCAUCGUGAUAUCAAACCCAACAACCUGUUGAUCGCGGCGGACGGCGAGGUCAAACUAGCCGACUUUGGUCUGGCCCGAUCCUUUGCCGAUCCACACCUCAACAUGACCCAUCAAGUGAUCACUCGUUGGUACCGACCUCCCGAACUGCUCUACGGGGCACGGCGAUACUCUGGAGCGGUCGAUGUCUGGUCCAUGGGCAUGGUGUUUGCCGAGUUGCUCCUGCGCGUCCCAUUUGUGGCCGGCAACACGGAUCUGGACCAAAUUGCCAAAAUCUGCGAGGCGUUUGGCACGCCGACCGAAGCAAAUUGGCCUGGAGUCACCCAGCUGCCCAACUACGUAACAGACAAGGUCGUCCCGGUGCAGGGUCGAGAGUUCUUCCUGCGGCAGUUCCCCACGGCGGGUCCAGUUGGGGCCGACCUCCUGAUGUCUAUGUGCGCGCUGGAUCCGCGCAAGCGCAGCACCGCUCUCCAAGUCCUGCAGCACCAGUGGUGGUCGGUUGAACCUCGGCCGACUAAAAAUGAGGAUCUCCCACGCAAGUCGGGCACCAAGAAGAUGGGGGACGAUUUAAGCCGCCGGGGUGGCGAGAUCGAUGAUGGCCCGUUCAAGAACGCUGCCCGACAAUUGGAUUUCGGAGCCACGAAGUAA